CGUCUUUCCAGCGUCGACUAUGCAGAAUCCGAUCUGCCUCCUGCGCCUGCCUGCGCGCCCGGUCCUGUCGGCUGGCUCUUGACUGCCUGUCUUCGUCGAGAUCCAGCCGCAAGGCCUCCCGCCAGUUUGGUGGCCGAUGUGCUACAUGUUUGGUGUCUUCUGCGCCAUCUACACCGGCGACACCGUCGGCAGCAUCAGAAUAGGCAGGGAUCGCAUGCUUCUGCUUCUAUUCCUUCUUAUUCACACAAGAAUAGACAUGAAGUGGGCAGUUUCUCUUGCAAUUCUGGUCAAUCAGGACAGAAAUCGGACAUUUUGCUCUCGGACGAAAGUUCUAUUCCAUGCAGAGUCGGCGUGGAUGCUGUUAGUCCUUGGCUCGGUUCUGAAGCCUCAACUACCGACAUCCCGCUUGCGUCUCCAAGGCGCUCUCGACAGGAGCAGCAAAGGGUUCGGCCACUGUCCGGGUAUGAAGAAUACUCGGGUCCACUCCUCGACAGUCUCCCGCAGGAUGAUCUGCUUACGGUGAAUACAUGCCAGUUGGUGAUGAAUACGCUUUUGUCCAUUUUCGAAUACAGUUUUGUGUGA